UGACAGGCCUCGUUGGUGGGGUGCGCUUCGAUCAAUGCGGAAAUGUGCCCAAUUCUAGAAGGCGUUAAGAAUGUCCUUGCGCGUUUGGAGAUUGUUUCCCUGAGGAUUUAAUUGAUUUUAUUUAUUAACAAGAUCCAAUAUGCCUCUUUUAAAAUACUCCCCUAAAAUCUGGAAUGCCCUUAAGAUGAAAGAGGGCAUACAUGCCCGUCUCCCUGAACAUUACUUAAAGUCCCUGGAGCAGAAAGAGCCCACUGCGGUCCACUGGAGGCCUUUGGGGGUCAAGUACCGUCUCAACCCAAAGACGGGUCAGAAAGAACGAGUGCAAGAUAUCCCAAUCCCCAUCUACUACCCUCCUGAGUCGCAGGACGGUCUGUGGGGGGGAGAGGGUUGGAUAUGCGGGUACAGAUAUGCCAACAAUGACAAAAUGUCCAACCGUUUGAAGAAGACGUGGAAGCCCCAGCUCUUCAAGAGAGAGCUUUACAGCGAGAUCCUGGACCACAAGUUCACCAUCACGGUCACGACUCGCACUCUGGACCUCAUUGACGCCGCCUUUGGCUUUGACCUCUAUAUCCUCAAUACGCCAAAGGAAGAUCUCUCCUCCAAACUGGGGAUGGACCUGAAGAGAGCCAUGUUGCUUCGCCUGGCUCGCAAAGACACUCAGCUGUACCCAGAUGACCCCGUGAGAAGAGAGAAGGUGUACAACAAGUUCAAGCAGCAGUUUGAGAUCCCAGAGGAGGAGGCCGAGUGGGUGGGUCUCACCCUGGAGGAAGCUGUGGAGAAGCAGAGGCAGCUGGAGGUCAAGCCGCCUGAGCCGUUGUUCAAGGUCUGUGUGGAAAAGCUGAUAGAGGACCUGCAAAUCCAGAAACUGUCAGAACCUCAUCUUAUUGAGAAUAAAUGAAGAGUAGAAUCCUCUGCCAUGGAGCUCCACUGAAGAAGAGCUUCUCUUCCUGGUGAAGUGUCAUCACAUUUCUUUGAGUUUGUAAUAGGUUGAAACUUUUUGUAUUUUUACAUUGGAGAGAGAUGCACGGGAAGGAGGGAAAAUAAUGGAUCCAAAAACGGUGCAAAUAAAACCGCUGCCCAUUAAUUAUCCUGUAUAAUGUAAAUAAAAAAGAAUCACAUUGUCACAUUUGUCACUUGUUUAACCGAGUAUUUCAGCAAAAUAUGAACAUAGAUAGUCUUUUGUUCGCUUCUCCUACUAUUUUGCUAGAAAGAAACCAAUGAGGCGGAAACGUAUGUAUAUUUCCACUGAUAUUCGCCAUUUUUUUAGACGCUUCCCAUGCAAAAUCUUUACAAAGCUGGCUGGUUAUUUAAUCACUUAGAUCAGGGGUAGAGAACCUAUGGUUCUCGAGCAAGAUGUGGCUCUUUUGAUGACUGCAUCUGGCUCUCAGAUAAAUCUUAGCUGACAUUGCUUAACACAAUAAUUAAUGAGUAAUCCCGCUGGUAAUCACACUGUUAAAAAUAACGUUCAAAAUAUAAAACAUUCUCAUGCAUUUUAUUCCAUCCAUCUGUUUUUCUACCGCACCGGUUCAACACGUCGCAUUAUUGGUAAGAAGUAUUUUGUUUAUUAUUGGUUAGCUUCAGAAUAACGUUAUUAAAAGAAUAAUAGACUUGUUGUACUCUAAAAAUGUUGGUCUUACUUAAACAUGCACACAUUUAGUGGUAUUCAGUGUUAAAAAAAUAUGAUAUGGGUCUCACAGAAAUACAUUUUAAAAUAUUUGGCUUUUUAUGGCUCUCUCAGCCAAAAAAGGUUCCCGACCCCUGACUUAGAUUAAUGAAAUGAUUCACGAGUCUAACAGAUCGCAUCAGUCCCUGGCUGUGUAGAUAUAAGCAGACUCACCAAAACGGAGGAUUUUGUUCGAGUCAUCCUUGGUACAUCCUAAUAUCAUUAAAACUAGAGUGAAAAAUAUGUGUGUGUCAGGAGAGAGCAUUGUGUUUGUCUUUUCAAGCGAAACGAAGGCCAAAGAGAGUAACUUCUACUCAUUCAUUUCCUUUUUUCUGAAUUUGGAAAAAUAUUUCCUUAACACUAAUAAGUGAAAUAUUGCAAUAAAUCAGGGAUUAAACACACUAGUGCUCA